CCCCCAACCCCCACCCGGCUUUGCUCAGCGGUGCUCACGCCUGCUGGGCGUGGGGCGCGGGCCGGGUGCUGAGCGGGGCUCCGGGGCGCUCGCUCCAGCUGCCGCUGCGGAUAUGUCGGGUCCGCGCGCGGGAUUCUACCGGCAGGAGCUGAACAAAACAGUAUGGGAGGUGCCGCAGCGGCUGCAGGGCCUACGCCCGGUGGGCUCCGGCGCCUACGGCUCGGUCUGCUCAGCCUACGACGCGCGUCUGCGCCAGAAGGUGGCUGUGAAGAAGCUGUCUCGCCCUUUCCAAUCUCUGAUCCAUGCAAGGAGGACCUACCGGGAGCUACGCCUACUCAAACACCUGAAGCACGAGAACGUGAGAGGGCGGGCCAGUGGUGUAGGGAUUGAGCAACGGACCCCGCCCGGUGGGGGCGGGAGCGAAGUGGGUGGGGUGGGGCCUCUAGAGGGUACGCCUCCGUAUAGGCGGGGCCCAGAUCAGUGGGGCGUUGCCUACAGCUGUGCUGUGGUCCCGCCUCGGUUCCCUGUCCAGAUCAUAGGGCUUCUGGACGUCUUCACGCCGGCCACAUCCAUCGAGGAUUUCAGCGAAGUGUACCUGGUGACCACCCUGAUGGGCGCUGACCUGAAUAACAUCGUCAAGUGUCAGGCACUGAGCGAUGAACAUGUUCAGUUCCUCGUCUACCAGCUGCUACGUGGGCUGAAGUAUAUCCACUCGGCAGGCAUCAUCCACCGGGACCUGAAGCCCAGCAAUGUAGCGGUGAAUGAAGACUGUGAGCUUAGGAUCCUGGACUUUGGGCUAGCGCGCCAGGCGGAUGAGGAGAUGACUGGAUAUGUGGCCACACGUUGGUACCGGGCGCCGGAGAUCAUGCUGAACUGGAUGCACUACAACCAGACAGUGGACAUCUGGUCUGUGGGCUGCAUCAUGGCUGAGCUGAUUCAAGGAAAGGCCCUCUUUCCUGGAAACGACUACAUUGACCAGCUGAAGCGAAUCAUGGAGGUGGUGGGCACACCCAGCCCUGAGGUUCUGGCGAAGAUAUCAUCAGAGCAUGCCCGGACAUACAUCCAGUCUCUGCCCCCCAUGCCCCAGAAGGACCUCAGCAGUGUCUUCCACGGAGCCAACCCUCUGGCUGUAGACCUCCUUGGAAGGAUGCUGGUGCUAGACAGUGACCAAAGGGUCAGUGCAACUGAAGCCUUGGCCCAUGCAUACUUCAGCCAGUACCAUGACCCUGAUGAUGAGCCAGAGGCUGAGCCCUAUGAUGAAAGUGUUGAGGCCAAGGAGCGCACAUUGGAGGAGUGGAAGGAGCUAACUUACCAGGAAGUCCUUAGCUUCAAGCCCCUGGAGCCAUCACAACUACCUGGCACCCAUGAGAUUGAACAGUGAGGCAUUGUCUGAGGGGGGAGGCUUGAACCCUCUUUCCUGGCUCUCUCAAGUUUUUCUCAAAAGGUGCCUCUCAGGCAGCCCUGACACUUAACCUGGGACCCCUUGCCUUGAGAGUACUCUACAACACACACACACACACACACACACACACACACACACACACACACACGAAUGUGUACAUAUGCCUGCCAUUAUGUGUUGGAGCCUGGGCGGUAGUGUUUCUGGGCCUACCUUGGUCCACCCAGGUUCUCCUUGGGACCUCAGUGUGUGGGAUCUGAGUGUGUCCCUGUCUGGAUCACUUCAGCUCUUGAGAACUAUCUGGAUUGGGAGGGAGGCAAAUGGAGCCAUGGCCCCUGGAGACUCAGGGGGUGGGAGUCACAGUGGUUGGAGCAGCUCAACCUGGAAGUGUGUGGCUGAGAGCUGAGGCAGGGCCAGUGCCCCCAUCCAGUGGGGUGGAGUUUCCCCUGGUGGUGGCAAGGCAAAGACCAUCACCAGAUAUCUAAUCUGAAAAGUCGGCUGCAGCUUUGUUUGCCUGUGACAUGUGGGCAAAUGGGCAUGAAUGCAUACUACUGGUACGCACAUCAGAGCACAUGCAGGCAUGUGCUGGUGUGUAUGAGCACCUAAGGGUCAGCAGCCAUUUCUGGUAGGGCACCUAAGAUGGAGACACUCUUGCCUCCCCUCCCCCAAGUUCCUGUUGCCUAAUGGGUCUUGAGACCCAGCUGUGAACUAGACUACUGCUCUGAGAGGUGCCAAGAUCCAUUCGUCUGAUCGAAAACCAGGACUUUGUGCUAGGGUGUAGGGUUGCUGCAGGAUCCUGGGCACAAGGACACAAGGCCAGCUGGGAAUCUGGUGAAGUGGGGGGGUCUAAUCUCAAGGAUGCUAGGUGGACAGCACCCAUGGAUGUGAACUUGGACGUUCUUGCCCCUGGACCUUGGUUCAAAGCUGACAAAUGUCUGCCCAUAUUCUACCUCCACCUACCCUUGUAUAGCUGCUACAGCUGGUGUGCUGUGGUCAGUGAGUCACCCCAUAUCUCCCUUUUCCCCAGAGAGGAGCUGACCAAGUAACUUUUGAGGUAGGACCCUGUUUGAAGACAUGUUGGGGGUGUGGCUCCUCCCUGAAGAUACGGUGAUCUCUUGCUGUCGGGGAUCAGGGGGCUCAGAAUGUCAAGUGCCUGCACCAAGGGUGCACAAUAAAGGGGUUUUCCUCUU